AUGUCGUCUGAUCUGAGUCCCUUGGCGCAAGCGACCGGUGGCGCGAUUGGAGCGGCGAUCUCAAACAGCCUCGUAUACCCUUUGGACGUCCUGGUCACCCGUCUGCAGACUGCAAAACGUGGAAAAUGUGAGCAGCCCCGCUUAUUGCGUAGGAAAGUGAUUUCAGGACUGAUAAGGAGUAUCUACCUGUCCUGCGUACGACGGGGUGGACCUCACACUGCAGGCAGCGCUCAACAAUACACGCUCCUAUCCGCGCUCAAGAGUAUCGUAAGACGGGAAGGGUGGACAUCUCUGUAUGCUGGACUGGCUUCGGAUUCCAUCUCGACUGCCUUGUCCAACUUUCUCUGUGAGUUCCAUUACGUUGUGUCUAGUUCCGAGCGCUCGAGGUCUCAUCACACGCCUCGGCCUGGGGUGCUGACCCCUUCGGCCCUCCACUACCCACAUCUCCCCAUCCACAGACUACUUUUCCCACGCCUUCUUGCACGCCAAAGCCGAGGCAUACAAGCUCAAAUCGGCCGUCCCGUCUUCCUCGAGCAAGAAGAGCAAAGCCCCAAUCCUCUCGGCAUUCGAAGAAAUCUUUGUCGGCUGUCUCGCCGGCGUCGUCGCCAAAGCCAUUACUUCGCCCUUGUCCAUCAUCACCGUGCGCCAACAGACCUCGACCAACAAGGGCGCAUCGUCGCAAGCACCUUUAAAGGACAGCAAGUCGGGCAUGAAGCCUAGCAAUGGUGCCGAUUCAGAUUCCUCCUCCUCCUCCGACUCGGGAUAUGGAUCCAGUCCUUCGAUGAUCUCCGUUGCGCAAGAUAUUAUAGCCGAAAAGGGCAUUCUCGGUCUUUGGUCCGGUUUCCAGAAUUCCAUCGUCUUGACGACCAACCCGGCAAUUACGACGUAUCUCUUUGAAUUGAUCAGGAGAAUGUUACGCAUGGGCGACCACCCGAUGUUGCUGCAGACGUUCUUGGCAGGGGCCUUUGCGAGCUCUGGAGCGAGUGCGAUCACUUAUCCUCUCAUUCUUGCCAAGGUCAGUGGUCCUCACCUUUUCAGCAGGAGGACAUUCCCGUUGAACGUUGAGGCUGAUAUCAUGGUUUUGCGCGAACAGACCCGACUGCAAUUCAAGUCUCCCUCCGGCCGAAGGCUAUACAAAUCCAACUUUGACGUCUUCAGCAAGACGAUCAAGAGGUACGGUCUCUUUGGCAUGUACCAAGGACUCGAAGGCCAGAUUGCCAAGGCGUUCUUGUCCGAGGGGGUCAAGCUUGUCGUCAAGGAGAGGAUCGAGUUGGUCAUCGUGUUGGUCGCGAGGUAUUUGAUGAAGCAGAGGAGGGCAAAAGCAUUGGCGAACUAA